AUGCCCCACUGCCCAAGCCCCAGCCCACACCCCUCACCCCAAAACCCUCCUGCCCCACCCUUCGCCCCCAGUGGGGGCCCCCCACCCCUCGCCCCUUGCCCCUCGCCCCCACCCCUCGCCCCUUGCCCCUCGCCCCCACCCCUCGCCCCUUGCCCCUCGCCCCCACCCCUCGCCCCUUGCCCCUCGCCCCCACCCCUCGCCCCUUGCCCCUCGCCCCCACCCCUCGCCCCUUGCCCCUCGCCCCCACCCCUCGCCCCUUGCCCCUCGCCCCUCGCCCCGUCCACCACUUUCUCGCCCAUCCCUCCCUCCAUCUUGCCAAGACCCUAUCUUAUUGCACACUCUCGCUGCACCCCUCCGCAGCACUCCUCUGCACCCAUCAGCACCCCAAUGCACCCCAUUAAGGAGAGAUCAUUGGCAGGCUCUACGCUUUCAGCCACUGCAUCUUGCCAUGCUGAGGUGAGGUGUAAGAUGGCGCAGCCUCACUUCUUCUUGUCUUACUUCCCAUCCCAUCCAUCACCCCCUCCCCUCUCCCCCCAGGCUGCUGCACGUCGUGGUGGUGGGGGGCGGUCCCACGGGGGUGGAGGUGAGCUGCUGCACGUCGUGGUGGUGGGGGGCGGUCCCACGGGGGUGGAGGUGGCAGCAGCUGUGCACGACAUGGUGCAGGGGGACCUAUACCGCCUCUAUCCUGCACUCAAGGGGAAGACAUCUGUGUCUCUCCUGCAGUCAGGCGACCACAUUCUCAACAUGUUUGAUCUGCGCAUAUCUGAGUUUGCCGCCCGCAAGUUCCAGCGGGACGGCAUCACUGUUCACACGCACGCGCGCGUCACGGCUGUCACUCCGCGCGCUCUCCAUGUGCGGGAGACGAGCAGCAGCAGGGAGAGCGGCAGCAGCGAUGGCAGCAAGAGUGGAGUGCACUGCCGCAGCAGUGCGGAGAGCAGUAGUGGUGCAAAGAGCAGCGGGGAGAGGGAGGUGCCGUAUGGAGUGGUGGUGUGGGCAACAGGCAUCACGGCGCAUCCCCUGGUUGUGAAGCUGCGGGAGCAACUUGAGCAGCGCCACAAGCGAGCAUUGGAGGUGGACGAGUGGAUGGCAGUGAGAGGCGCAGAGGCGGGCAGCAUGUGGGCGCUGGGCGACUGUGCUGCCAUUCACCACCGCCCCUUCACUGACGACACAGCGCGCAUCUUCCGCGCCUUUGACACCAACGGGGACGGCUGUCUCUCGCCCUCCGAGACCAAGGCGGCCUUGCGAGCCCUCCAGCAGCGCUACCCGCAUGCUGCUGCUCUGCUCAAGUCACGGAACCGCAUGGCACAGCUCAUUCAGGAUGCCUUGCACGCCGACAGCAAAGCAGAAGCACCACCAGGAGCAGCAGCAGGAGCACCAAAAGCAGCACCAGCAGGAGCAGCAGCAGGAGCACCAAGAGGAGCAGCAGCAGGCACAGGGGCGGUGGGAAAUGAGGGGGGCGAGCAGCAGGCGUGUGAGGGCAGGGGGCUAUCACUGGAGCAGUUUGAGGCGGUGCUGAGGCGGGUGGAGGGGCAGAUGAAGACUCUACCGGCCACGGCACAGGUGGCGGCGCAGCAGGGGCAGUACGUGGCUCGCUGCUUCAACCGCCUGCUGGACCCUGCUCUACCGCCCGAGGGGCCGAUGAAGCUGAGAGGCGAGGGCCGGCACCUGCUGCAGCCAUUCCGCUACGUCCAUUUGGGGCAGUUCGCCCCGCUGGGGUCAGAGACCACGGCAGCAGAGCUGCCUGGCGACUGGGUCAGCAUUGGCCGGUCCACACAGUGGCUCUGGUACUCCGUGUAUGCCAGAGGCUCAUGGAAUGUGGAGGGGCAGCUCGCCCCUCUCAAGCUGCCUGGCGACUGGGUCGGCAUUGGCAGGUCCACACAUGGCUCUGGUUCUACGCCAGGCUCAUGGAAUGUGGAGGGGCAGCUCGCCCCUCUCAAGCUGCCUGGCGACUGGGUCGGCAUUGGCAGGUCCACACAGUGGCUCUGGUUCUACGCCAGGCGUGGACUGGAGUCUCUUCCUAGCCUUAGCAUCCUUGCAGCAGAAAUGCCGCAGCACCUCACUUACCUAUGCUUCCCCGUGUCUCACUCUCCUUGCAGUAAGCAAGUCAGUGCGAGGACAAGAGCCCUGGUGGUGUUUGAUUGGAUCAAAUCGGCUCUGUUUGGCCGUGAUUCAAGUCGCAUGUGA